AUGGCCGAAGAAGCAAAAACUAUCGAUGAAUGGAGUCAGAAAAGGCAGAACGUAGUGGACUCCGUUGCCUUGUUGGAGUAUUACGUUAAGAACUUUAACAAGAACGAGACGCCGAAGGAGCAGGUCGAAGCUUGGGCUGAGAAGCUUGAGCGAUUCUACGACGAAUUUCAUCGGAUGGCCGUCAAGAUUGAGGCCCUGUCAUCGGAGGAGGAGCCCAUCGACUUAAAAGGUGAGCGUCAGAAAUUCGAUAGUCGGUAUUAUGUUUUGCGGGCGUUUUAUCUGAAGCAGAUGGCGAAGACUACCAGCUCCUCUGUCACCAAUCACUCCCCAUCCGCCAAACCAAUGAAUAUUCGGCUUCCUGAAAUCAAUCUCCCGAAGUUCAGUGGGCGAUUGGAGGACUGGUGCGUGUUCCGUGAUUCAUUUGAAUCUGCCGUCGGUUCCCGGAGCGAUAUCGGCCCCGUCGAGAAGUUGCACUACCUGAAAGGCCUUGUUCAAGGUGAAGCGGCACGGAUUCUCGACCCGAUAAAGGUUAGCGAGCAGGGCUACAAAGACGCUUGGCGGACCCUGAAGCUGCGUUUUGAAAACAAGCGACAACUCAUCAAGUGUCAUAUCAAGACACUCUUCGACACUCCAGCGAUGCGCAGUGAAUCCGCCGAGGAACUUUUGGCACUAGUUGAUCGUUUCGAGCAGCAGAUCUCCGUGUUGAAGAGUCUAGGUGAGCCAGCUGACCAGUGGAGCUCUUUGCUGGUUUAUCUACUUACGAUACGACUCGACCCUUGUACACUCCGCGAAUGGGAGACUCACUGUACCAGGCUCGACACCGACAACAUCGCUUCCGUUCUGGGAGGAAUCGCUUCGACAUCCAGCAACACCACUGAUGGCUCAAGCUCCAUGCCAUCGUACGUCCAGAUGGUAAACUUCCUCCAGAACUAUGCUCGAGUCCUGCACGCAGUUUCCCCGGCCACAUUCGUUCCUUCCCCUCGCAACAAGCCUAAGUUUCCGCAAAAAUCAGCCGCAUUCCCUGUCACAGCGCCGCCAACGAGCGCAUCCAGUUCGACACCAUCGAUUUCCAGUGCCAGCAAGUUGGAGAAGCCGUGCGAGAAGUGUGGACAGGGACACUACCUGUACCACUGCCCGGAGUUCCAGAAGCUGGACAUUGCGCAACGGAUCGACCUGGUAAAACAAAAGAACAUCUGCCUAAAUACAGCGAUACGAAGUCCACGUCCAGCACCCAGUCUGAUGAAUCUACCUGUUGCGUCGCUGUCGAGAGAAUGCUUCCCGUUCCGUCAAAUCCGGUACCCUCAAAGUCCAUUCCACAAGUUCCAGCUCAGCAACCGUUGUGCUUUGGUCUCGCAUACCCAAGCCGCGAUCCCCGGAACCGUUUUCCUUCCCACUGCGCUCGUGAACAUCCGCAGCAGUAGAGGUCGCAUUGUUAACGCGCGGUGUUUGCUGGACUGUGCCUCCCAUCGAAACUUUGUGUCUGCCGGACUAUGCGAGAAGCUCCAACUACCACGCACCCGUCUGCCACAGCCAAUCACAAUCAGCGGAAUUGGUAACACCACCACGCGCGUCGAGCACGAAGCGUGCGUGAUCGUCUCUUCCCGUGUUUCAUCGUUCUCCGUGAAGUGUUCGAUGCUGAUUCUUCCGUCGAUCACCGUGAAGCUUCCACAGUUCUCCGUCGACACCCGUCAAUGGUCGAUACCCGAGCACGUCGACCUCGCCGAUCCGACUUUCGCGGUCACCAGUAACAUCGACAUGAUCCUGGGUGCUGCUCACUUCUUCCGUGUCCUUCGUUACGGCCGAAUCUCUCUCGGCAACGAACUGCCGCUGCUCCAGAACACCGAAUUCGGAUGGGUCGUCUCUGGAGAGUGCAUGCUGGAAAACCACGACCACGAAGAUCCCCGUAACUGCCAGUUCAGCAACCCCUGCACAAUCGAUGAGCUGGUCAACCGCUUCUGGCAGCUAGAAGAAGUGCAGCAGUCAAAAGGCUGGUCUCCGUCCGAGCGAUACUGCGAGGAACACUUCGCCGAACACACCGUCCGAAACGCAGAUGGUCGCUAUGUCGUCAAGCUCCCAAAGCGAGAAGAGUUGCUUCCCCAGUUAGAAGACAACUGGUAUAACGCGACGCGGCGAUUCUACUCCUUGGAACGUUCGCUUGCCAGAGAUCCAGUGAAGCACGCCAUGUACCAGAAAUUCGUCCACGAAUACCAAACUCUCGGACACAUGAGGGAAAUUGAUCCCAACAAGCGAAACUGCAAACCUCGCUACUAUCUUCCCCAUCACGCAGUUAUUAAGAUGGACAGCACCACUACCAAGCUCCGAUGCGUCUUGCCGAUCGAAAUCCGGUCUGUCCCUCAAUGA